GGCAUCACUGGCACCCAGGAAGCCAUCCUCAGCACUAUCAACAUGUCUCGGCCCAGCAGCAGAGCCAUUUACUUGCAAAGGAAGGAGUACUCUCAGAGCCUCAACUCAGAGCCCACACUCCUGCAGCACAGGGUGGAGCACUUGAUGACGUGUAAGCUGGGAACACAGAGAGUGCAAGAGCCCAAGGAUGCCCUGCAAAAGCUGCAGGAGAUGGAUGCACAAGGCCAGGUGUGGAGCCAAAACUUGAUCCUGCAGGUCAGAGAUGGCUGGCUCCAGCUGCUGGACAUCGAGACCAAGGAGGAGCUGGACUCUUACCGCCUGGACAGCAUCCAAGCCAUAGACGCAGUGCUCAAUGCCUGCUCCUACGACUCCGUCCUGUCCAUCACCAUGCAGGAGUCAAGACAGCAAGGCAGCAGCACUCUGCUCUUCCAGUGCCAGGAAAUGGGGGCAGAGCGGCUGAAGACCAGCCUGCAGAAGGCCCUGGAAGAGGAGCUAGAGCAAAGCAUACCUCGAUUUAGAGCCCUUCACCCAGGCCAGGACAGAUGGAGGGGGGUUUCUCUGGAAAGGCCGCUCCCCAUGCAGCCAGCACACCCCCUGGAGCAAGGGCUCCCUCCAGAGCAGCCCCACCAGAUGACCCCAGAGCACAGCCUCCUGUCACGCCACCCCAGCAUCCAAGAACAAAGAGCUUUCACUCCACUUCCUCCAAGGCAGUCCCCACCCCCUGAAGACCUACAGAUGGAUGAGAAGGUGCUGAACCAUGUCUUAAGUGACAUCGAGCUGUUCCUGGGAAAGCUGAAGGAGGCCCAGGCAAAGACCAAUCAUAAGAAGAAGAAGAAAUCUGGGAGCAAAAACAAGGACCAGGGGGGACCAACGGAAGCACAGUACAUUGACUGCUUCCAGAAGAUCAAGUACAGCUUCAACCUUCUAGGGAAGCUGGCCAUCAUGCUGCAGGAGAUAAGUGCCCCAGAGUUCGUGCAUCUCCUCUUCCAAAGUCUGGACUUCGUCCUGGCCCAGUGCCCUAAGGUGGGCCUAGCAGCCCAAGUGAUCUCACCCCUCCUCACCUCCAAAGCCAUCAGCCUGCUGCAGUCCUGUUUAAACCCACAUGAGACUAACCUCUGGAAGGGGCUGGGCCCUGCCUGGACUACCAGCUGCACUGAUUGGACAGGCCAGGAGCCCCCACCCUACCAACCCACAUUCUAUGAUGGCUGGCAGCUUCCAGAGCCCUCCAACCAGGCACACUUAGGACUCGAGGACUCCACUUCCCCUCGGAGAAGUCCUGAAUUAGAGAGCACCUCCCACUUUGCCGAGGAGAAGACACACAACCAUGGCCCUCAGCCUGGGAACCCCAACUUCCGGCGCUCCAGCACCACACUUGUCAAGCCAGCCCUGAAAAUGCAAGUCCUGUAUGAGUUUGAAGCUAGAAAUUCCCAGGAACUGACUGUGGUCCAGGGAGAGGUGCUGGAGGUUCUGGACCACAGCAAGCGGUGGUGGCUGGUGAAGAAUGAAGCAGGACAGAAGGGUUACAUUCCCAGCAACAUCUUGGAGCCCCUACAGCCGGGGACUUCCGAGAGCCAGGGCCAGUCGCCUCCUAGGGUUCCAAUGAUUCGCCUUAGCUCGAAGCCUGAGGAAGUCAUGGCCUGGCUGCAGGCAGAGAAUUUCUCCACUGUCACGGUGAGGACCCUUGGGGCCUUCACAGGGAGCCAGCUGCUUCACAUGAGACCUGGGGAGCUACAGAUGCUGUGUCCACAGGAGGCUCCAAGGAUCCUGACACGUCUGGAGGCUGUCAGAAGGAUGCUGGGGGCUGCUCAGUCACUAGAUUACUCGCCCAAGGUGCCCAAGAUCUCCCGCUGA